CAAAAUAUUUCUGUUUAUGGAAAAGGGUUGUGCUUUUUUCAGUUUCCAUUAGUUUUAGAUAUGUUCAUUUCCACUGAAAAUGAAGUGCAGAUCUCAUUUUCUCUAGACAAUGUAAAUGAGUCCUUGAAAUCAUUCCCUAUGAGAUCAAACCUGGAUUGCGUUGAUAGGAUGGUAAUGGAAUCUGAAUUGUUGAAUUUACAGCCACCACCCACCAUUUACACUGAUGUAAAUAUAGUUCCUGAGCAAGAAAAGAAUUCGCUUAUGCAAUCCAUAUCAAAUCUAGAAGGAGAAAUUGCUCAGUUGAAACAGAAGGAGAGGUCAUUGACCAAGAAGCGUAAAGAAGCAUUGAAUAAGAUAUUAGAUAUUAAAGGCUGUAUUAGAGUAUUUUGCCGAAUUAGACCAUUUCUACUGACAGAGUGGAGAAGAAUUCAUGAACCCGUGUUAAUUGAGUCAGAAAAGGUUGUAAUCAAAUAUUUAGGAAGUAUGAAAGCAUUCAGAUUUGAUAAAGUUUUCAAUCAAGCAGCUACUCAAGGUUGGUAUCUAAUUUCACAUUUUCUUUGGGGUUCAUUUACGUCCUGGUGUUCUGUCAGUUUUUAAAUUUCUUGAAAUAGCAAGUCUUUUUGGUUUUAUUAUCUAUUAAGUAACAAAACAUUCCGUAUGGUCUCAGUUGUUUCUCAUUCUUUCUUCAUUUGACAGAAUAUAGCAUAUACAGCUUUAUUCGAUUUUGUUUUCUGUUGGGUGUUUUCUAAGCAAAGUUCCAAGGAUUGUGAACUUUUUGUGCAAAAUAUUUCUGUUUAUGGAAAAGGGUUGUGCUUUUUUCAGUUUCCAUUAGUUUUAGAUAUGUUCAUUUCCACUGAAAAUGAAGUGCAGAUCUCAUUUUCUCUAGACAAUGUAAAUGAGUCCUUGAAAUCAUUCCCUAUGAGAUCAAACCUGGAUUGCGUUGAUAGGAUGGUAAUGGAAUCUGAAUUGUUGAAUUUACAGCCACCACCCACCAUUUACACUGAUGUAAAUAUAGUUCCUGAGCAAGAAAAGAAUUCGCUUAUGCAAUCCAUAUCAAAAGCAACUCAACAAAGCCAAGCACAUGCAAUCAAGGCCAAUUCUUUAUUC